CCUCCCUGCUCCCUCCCAGGUGAGGUCGUGGUGAAGUGGUUCGAAGCCAUCCAGACCGGGCUGCCCAUGUGCGUCCUGGGAGCAGCGUUCGGCCCCGUCCGUCUCAGCACACGAAAGCUGCGGGUCCUGGCCACCGAGCUGGUCCCCUGGGCAAUCCGGAGCGGGCGCAAUGCCAGCUGUAUCCUGAACGUUUACUACGAGCAGCGCUGGGAGCAGCCCGUGGAGUCCCUGCGGGAGGAGAUUGGCAUCUUCCCUCCCCCGGCCGUCCGCGUGUGA